AUGGCCACCCCGGACCUGUCGGCCAAUCUCCAGGAGGAGGCCACCUGCGCCAUCUGCCUUGAUUACUUCACGGACCCGGUUAUGACCGACUGCGGCCACAACUUCUGUCGCGAAUGCAUCAGCCGCUGCUGGGGCCAGCCGGAGGGGCCGUAUGCUUGUCCUGAGUGCCGGGAACUGUCUCCGCAGAGGAACCUACGGCCCAACCGCCCGCUCGCCAAGAUGGCCGAGAUGGCGAGACGCCUGCACCCACCGUCUCCAGUCCCGCAGGGCGUGUGCGCCGCGCACCGAGAGCCGCUGGCCGCUUUCUGCGGUGAUGAGCUGCGUCUGCUUUGCGCCGCCUGUGAGCGCACCCGGGAGCACUGGGCACACUGUGUGCGCCCACUGCAGGAGGCCGCCGACGACCUCAAGGGGAAGCUGGAGAAGUCCCUGGAGCACCUACGGAAGCAAAUGGAAGAUGCAUUGCUGUUCCAGGCCCAGGCGGAGGAGACCUGUGCCUUAUGGCAGAAAAUGGUUGAGAGUCAAAGGCAGAAUGUCCUGACAGAGUUCGAGCGGCUUCGUCGCUUCCUGGUGGAGGAAGAACAGCAGCUGCUGCAGAAGCUGGAGGAGGAGGAGCUUGAGGUGCUGCCCCGGCUGCGGGAAAAUGCGGCCAGGUUGGUGCAGCAGAGUGCCGCACUCGGGGGGCUCAUUGCUGAACUGGAGGGGCGCUGCCAGCUCCCUGCACUGGGGCUGCUGCAGGAUAUCAGGGAUGCCCUGCGCAGGAUCCAGGAUGUGAAACUGCAGCCUCCAGAGGUGGUGCCCAUGGAGCUGAAGACUGUGUGCAGGGUCCCUGGGCUGGUGGAGACCCUGCGGAGAUUCCGAGGGGAUGUGACUCUCGACCCAGACACCGCGAACCCUGAACUGGUGCUGUCCGAGGACCGGAAGAGUGUGCGUCGGGGCAACUUGAGGCAGGUGCUGCCUGACAACCCCGAGAGGUUCGACCCCGGCCCCUGUGUGCUGGGCCACUCGCGGUUCACUGCAGGACGCCACUACUGGGAGGUGGAGGUUGGGGAGCGGGCCAACUGGGCCCUGGGUGUGUGUAGGGAGAAUGUGAACAGGAAGGAGACAGGUGAACUGUCAGCUGGCAAUGGCUUCUGGAUCUUGGUUUUUCUGGGGAGCUAUUACAACUCACCUGAGCGGGCUUUCGUUCCCCUCCGGGACCCUCCCCGGCGUGUGGGGAUUUUCCUGGAUUAUGAAGCUGGACACCUCUCUUUCUACAGUGCAACCGAUGGGUCACUCUUGUUUAUCUUCCCUGAGACAUCCUUUUCUGGGACGCUCCGGCCCCUCUUCUCACCUCUGUCAAGCAGUGUGACCCCUCUGGCCAUCUGCCCAGCAAAAGGAGGGCCUGGGGACACACCAGUUCUCUAG